AUGCCCUCCUCUCUCGUCACUUCUCUCCUCUGGAUAGAGCCCACAGAAUCCCUGGUGGUCAAGGUCGUCGGGGCUGAACCCUCAGCUACCACUUACCUCCUAGGUUGUACCCCGGAGCCCGACAGCCGCGACAACACCGACUGCAGCCUGUAUUAUGUGGCCUUGACGUUGGGUCCAUGGGCCAGUGAGACCCCGCCGCCCGGUGCCGCCAGGACGGGUGACUUUGACCUCUACAUCAGUGAUUCCAUUGAUCCCUGGAAGUACUCGAUGCACUGCGAGAUGAGCGGGACUGUUGCUCAAAAAUGCACUACAAUCAACAUCGGGGGCAACGAUGACGGCCACCCCACAGCGACUUUUGGGUCAGAAGAGGAGUUGGAAGAGGAAGACUUGAUCGGACUCGGCUACGCGACCGUGACAAUCACAGAAGGCCUUGAGUUUCUUGCUGCGACACACUCUGGUUCCCAUGAGACUGCAACUGCUUCGACCGAGGACACGUCCGCCAGUGCGCAGUCGACCGCCGAAACUGCAGCUUCUGCAACGGCUGCAAGCAGCGAGACAAGUGGAACCGAGAGUUCAAGCGGUACUUCCACACCCGAAGCCACCUCUGUAGCCUCGUCUUGCAAAGCUCGCGUGUUUACAGCCAUGUCUGUGGCCGGCGUGGCUAUGGCGGUGGUGUUUUCGUGA